AUGUUUAAAAAUGAGAUUUCUAUGGAGCAACUUAUUUUAAUUGGAACUGUCAUUUUGAUUUCAUACUUUGCUUAUUGGGUGAUAAUUAGUACAAAGUGUCGUGGAUCGCCUCAUCAACGAACACGAAGAACAGAAUUAAUUACCGUUGAUAACGAAAUGUCUCAACGACAGCACGAUAACGAAACAAAUAUUACAAUAAAUGAUACGCAUUCUGAACUUCAAACACCACCACCAACUUAUACAAAAACGAUACUCGAUAUGGGAUUACCUCCUCCAUACACUUCUGAAUCAGACUCAAUAAAUCAUAGAGCUGUGAUUAUAAACGGUUAUUCAAGCUCAAUAGGAGAAGGAACAAGUCAGCUAGCUACUUCAUCAAGGAUACAAACACCACCAUUAUCUUAUCAUCAAAUAUAA